AUACUAAACACCGCGAAGAAAUACAACGUCAGCUUUGCGGCCAUUAAACUCGACAGGAGAGUGAAGUUGGCCCUACCAAUAUGGUACCACCUUGGGGCCACGAAACACCUACGCCGACUAAAUAACAACCCGUCAGGGGCCUGCCUACGAGACACACACGGAGUCACCUACGUGGCAGACCUGCUCAAACUAACCAGGAGGCCAUGCCUCCUAGCAGCACUGACAAUGUCGAACGAUUUCGUCCCACGAGACUGCACCUGCCAAGCCUGCGAAGACGACAGGGCCGCAGGAUGCCGAGCCCCGACACGAUGCUGCAAAGCGGCCGUAACCCUCCUAGACCAAGUGCGCCCCAAGUGGAACCCCGAACUGGACCGAACACCGGACGGCCUAACCCUCACGAAGAGACGUAUGUCGGCCAACAAGAGAGCGCGACAGGAGAAAGGCCCCACCACCUUCAACCCAUCAAUCACGGAACGAGGAGAGGUCGACGAAGCUUUCAGAGUCUUCGUA